AUGAUGAAGCCCUGCAAGCCCGUGUUGAUUAGGAGGAGUGAAGUGGACGGAGUGACAGAUGCUUCCCUGACCGACUCUUCAAAUGUUGAUGACCGCAGGAUGGAGAAACAGACCUUGGUGACAGCUAUCAGUUUGUCCAUGAGCCUGUCGUCACUGGCGCUUCUCAUCACCGCUAUCAUGACCGACCACUGGUACGAGACGGACACCACACGGCACAGGCAGAACUGCGAGCAGUUCGGGCCGGACGCCAACGAACAGAAGAACCGGAUGAUGCCCAUCUAUCACCUGCCCCUGAUGGACAGCAGCAAUCCUCGGAGGAACCAGGCGCUGCUCCGGGCGAUCCACGUCGGGAGUAGAGAGGAGCUCCUGGAAAACUGGAGGUCCAUUUUGGGAAUGGGAAUUUUGGAAACGGAAUGCGGGCGACCUAUUUUCUCCACUCACUCUGGACUUUGGAGGAAAUGUUAUUAUCUAGGAAAGGACAAGGACAUCGACAACCUCAUAUCCAAGGGUAAGAGAUGCUUUGGGGAAUUUGAUCCCGGGCCCAGUGAAAUAUGAGAUAUUACUUAACAUCCGACCCAAUAUGUAGGGCUAUAACUUUCGUGAAAGAUAUAGUAGGCCUAUUUGUAAAUGCAUGCAAUGCUGUUCACUGGUAAUUUCAAUUAAUGAUAGAAUAUAUCAAUUGAUCCUUGAAGAAAACGGAUGAGCUUAGUAGGCUACAACUGACUUAAACCCAUCAUAACCCAAAAUGUAGUUUUAUAGCUUCAAAACACGUUUUAAACUAUCAUGUUGUCCUCGGAUAUUCUGUGUGGGUCUAGCCCAUCUGUAAGCCAUGGUUGUGUAUAGUUGUGUCCAUAAUAAGUCUAUUAAUUCGGAAAACCACUAUGGCCUAAGUGCGUAGACAGGUUGCAUGCGUUGUGGAGUGUGUCCAACACACAGACCUCAAAGAAGCUCUCUGAUCUGAUCAGUUUCAGACUGCAUCUGACAGAAUAUCAAGGUCAUUACAUUUGACCUGACACGAAAGGCAUUCUAGGAAGCGUUGCAUGUGUUCAAUAUACAUUCUAUUUCUAUGAUCCAUAUAAUUUGCAUGAGGAUAUAACGUGACAUCAACAUUAAUAUAUGUCAAUAGAUAAACGCGCGCCUUCUGUACGUAAAAUGCUCUGAACUCAAUCAAUAGGAAACUUGCGCAAAAGCUCGAAAUCGCGGAGUUGAGUUUAGUCAGCUAGGCUCCUCAAAUUAAAAUGUAGUAUACCAAUUAAUAUAGUAAGUGAAAAUGGAAAUGUCAUUAGGCCAACUUUUUGUAAUAUUGGUAUAUAAUUUGUGGAAUGGUAGCAUGCCACAUCCCUGCAAUACUUACUUUGCUGCCUCCAAGAGCAGGGACAAUAUUAUACUGAACAAAAAUAUAAACGCAACAUGCAACAAUUCUACUGAGUUACAGUUAAUAUAAGGAAAUCAGUCAAUUGAAAUAAAUAAAUUAGGCCCUAAUCUAUGGAUUUCACAUGACUGGGCAGGGGCGAAGCCAUGGGUGGGCCUGGGAGGGCAUAGACCCACCCAUUUGGGAGCCAGGCCCACCCACUUGGCCCAGCCAAUCAGAAUGAGUUUUUCCCCACAAAAGGGCUUUAUUACAGACAGAAAUACUCCUCAGUUUCAUCAGCUGUCCGGGUGGCUGAUCUCAGACGAUCCCACAGGUGAAGAAGCCGGAUGUGGAGGUCCUGGGCAGGCGUGGUUACACGUGGUCUGCGGUUGUGAGGCUGGUUGGACGUACUGCCAAUUCUCUAAAAUUACAUUGGAGGCGGCUUAUGGUAGAGAAAUGAACAUUCAAUUCUCUGGCAACAGAUCUGGUGGACAUUCCUGCAGUCAGCAAGCCAAUAGCACGUUUCCUCAAAACUUGAGACAUUGGUGGCAUUGUGUUGUGUGACAAAACUGCAAAUUUUUUAGUGGCCUUUUAUUGUCCCCAGCACAAGGUGCCCUUGUGUAAUGAUCAUGCUGUUUAAUCAGCUUCUUGAUAUGCCACACCUGUCAGGUGGAUAGAUUAUCUUGGCAAAGUUGAAAUGCUCACUAACAGGGAUGUAAACAAAUGUGUGCACUAAAUUUGAGAGAAAUAAGCUUUCUGUGCGUAUGGAACAUUUCUGGGAUCUUUUAUUUCAGCUCAUGAAACAUGGGACCAACGCUAUACAUGUUGUGUUUAUAAUUUUGUUCAGUAUACAUCACUCAAAAACAUGUUACCUAUCAGAGAUGUAGAUCUAUUGGGGUUGAUAUGGCAUUUCCACGUUGGGCUUUUCCUAGUCUCUUCUCACAGCCGUGUAAAGGCUUUCACAGUCGAGAGGAAGAUCGAUGUAUAAAAUCUGCCAUCUUGUGGGGAAAAUUCUAACUUACAGCCUCUAAACCCCUAUUAUGAAGUCUGUUCACGUGACAUGGGGGUCUGAAUAUCAAAGUAAACCUUAACGUGUAGGUGACUAUACUAUCGAACUAAUUAUAUAGAGUUAAUAUUUGCAAUGCUAGAAUAAAUCAUGGUAUUAAAGUGAAAGUAGACCUUGGGGUCUAGAAACAGGGGAGUCUACUUUAUAAAUGAGUACAGCUUUUCUCAAGACAACUGUCCUUGAGAAACACUUGCCCAUUUCUAUAUUUUGGCUUUAACCUGCUACACAUUAUGUUCACACAAGUUAUUGUCUCUGUGCAGGUAUAGCCCAGCGAUGCACCACCAUCAAGUACCAUUUCUCCCAGCCCAUGCGGCUCCGCAACAUCCCUCUCAACCUGACCCGCACCAUCCAGCAGGACGAGUGGCACCUCUUACGUAAGAACCUUUUCUCAUUAUGAAGGAGGUUCCCUAAAGGGCCUGAUUCAUUCAGACAUCCUAUUGCUCUCCUACUACCUUCAGACCUGCGGCGGAUCACAGCGGGGUUUCUAGGCAUGGCGGCAGCCGUUCUGUUGUGUGGCUGCAUUGUGGCGUCUGUCAGCUUCGCCUGGGAGAAGAGUCUCACUCAGCACGUCUCUGGGCUGCUCUUUCUCAUGGCAGGUACUGUUUACCCCCCCCCCCCGAUACUGAUAGUCUGUUUUCUUAAAACACUGAUUUCUCUCUCACAUUCUCCUCCUCUCUUUGCGGUUCCUCUCUUCCUUCUCAGGGAUCUUCUGCACCAUCUCCCUGUGUACAUACGCGGCCAACGUGUCCUACGACCUGGCCAGGGUCCCUCCCUUCAUCUACGGGCUGCCUGCUGACGUGGAGCAUGGCUACAGCUGGUCCAGCUUCUGUGCCUGGCUCAGUCUGGGGCUGAUGGUGGCGUCUGGAUGCAUGUGCACCAUCUUCCCCAUCCUCAGCCGUAGCAGCAGCAAAGCCCAGCAGGGCAAGGCUGCCCCCAACGCCGGUGUCUGACACACACCUUACUGCGUUUGAUAUACAUUUUGCAAUGUGUUACACACACUGAGCUGCAGCAAGGGCCUGUAGGAAGAGAGAGUCUAAUAUGUCUGUGUCUGACACACCUCUUACUGCAUCUUUCACAUCAACUCUGAGC